AUGCCGUUCGCUUCUAACUUGCCUUCGUGGCUAGCCACUCGGCUUGACUCCGCGCAGACUGGUCGGCCAAUGCUUGCAGGGCAGCGGGGCCGCCUCGCGGCAGCGCGUCGAGCGGUGCCGGUGAGGCUUUUGAGAACCAGCGGCCUGAACGAACAUGGCAACUCGAUGAGAGAGGAAUGGGCGCCCUUGUUGGGAGUGAGAAGCAGGAUUCUUGGUUUCUAUUUGGUUGGAUCUGUGGACUUUGACUUGGGUGAAGCAGCUGGGAUAUUCCAUCGGACACGCAAAAGUUCUUCACUCGCCGGCGUCUUUCAAGACACGGCCUGA